AUGGCAAUGGCAAGCUCUCUUCUCUCUCUCCUCCCAUUUCUUCUCUCUCUCUCAUUUCUUCUCUCUCCUUCACUCUCCUCCUCUUCCACAGACUCCUUUGUCUUUGUUGGAUGCACACAACAAAAGUUUGAACCAAACUCACCUUUUGAGUCCAACCUCAACUCGCUCCUCACAUCCCUGGUCAACUCAGCUACUUACUCAUCCUACAACAACUAUACCAUCAUGGGCUCAAGCCCACAAGACGUCGUUUAUGGGCUUUACCAGUGCCGUGGCGACCUGUCCAUGCCCGAUUGCGCCACGUGUGUAGCUCGCUCGGUGAGUCAACUCGGCACAUUCUGCUCCCAAACCUGCGGUGGCGGGCUCCAACUCGAAGGUUGCUACGUCAAGUACGACAACGCCACGUUCUUAGGGGCGGAGGACAAGACGGUGGUGUUGAAGAAAUGUGGGCCGUCGGUUGGGUAUGAGCCCGAACAAAUGGGCCGGAGAGAUGCGGUGUUGGCGAGCCUUGAGGGUACGAGUGGCCCAUUUAGGGUUGGUGGGGCCGGAGAUGUUCAGGGUCUCGCCCAGUGUGUUGGGGAUUUGAGUUUUGGGGAGUGCCAGGAUUGUAUUGGGUAUGCGAUCCAACGGUUGAAAGGUGAUUGUGGAACUGCCGUGUACGGUGAUAUGUUCUUGGCCAAGUGUUAUGCAAGGUACUCCACUGGAGGGGCUCAUGUUUACUCCAAGUCACAUAGUGGAAAAUCUGUUGAUGAAGGGGAGAAGACGUUUGCGAUUAUCAUUGGAUUAUUAGCAGGAGUGGCUCUAAUUAUUAUUUUCCUGACCUUCUUAAGAAAAAUAUUUGGUGGAAAUGGUAAAUAAACAAGUUAUUUGUUGUGGAAAAGAAAUGGACUUGCUUUGCCUUUGGUGGCUCCUCUUUUUCUCCUCAUCAUGCAUAGCUUUUAUUGUGAUCUUUACACUUUCUAGAUCUCUCUCUCUAGCCUUUUUUUUCUUUUCUUUUCUUUGAUAAGAUCUCUCUAGCCUUUUUAUGAGAAAGAUUGAUGAUUAUUUGAGUCUCAUAAAGAGCACAACCAAGGCAAAAGUUGUAAAAAGGGAGAGGGGAAAGGAUAUCCUCCCCCACUUUUGUUAAAGUUGUAAUGUCUUGACAUGAAAAUAUGGAAUAUUCUUUUCUGUAAAGAUGUCAAAUUAUGUUUCUUUUUGGGAUUUUUAUUUUUAUUUUUUCCUUUCUUUUCAGUCACUUUUUAUGUCUCAUUUGUUAUUAUAAAACAAUUCAAUACAUCUAUGACGCUAUUAA